CAGAGCCCCAGCCUGGCUACCCAGGGCCCCAAGCUGGCUACCCAGGGCCCCAAGCUGGCUACCCAGGGCCCCAAGCUGGCUAUCCGGGGCCCCAGGCUGGCUACCCAGGCCCACCAGCUGGCUACUCAGUUGCUGACCCAGGCAACUUUCCUGUCCAAAAUCAACCAGGACACACCCAGCCUGGUGGACCUGCAGCGGGUCCAUGGAUGCCAGCUCCCCCAGUUCCACUGAACUGCCCACCUGGAUUGGAGUAUUUGACUCAGAUUGACCAGCUACUGGUUCAUCAGAGAGUCGAACUACUAGAAGCUUUAAUAGGUUUUGAAACUCAAAACAAAUAUGAAAUUAGGAACAGCCUUGGACAGAGGGUGUUCCUGGCAGCGGAAGACACUGACUGCUGUACCCGGAAUUGCUGCGGCCCCUCCAGACCUUUCACGUUGCGGAUUGUUGAUAAUAUGGGCCGAGAGGUGAUGACCCUGGAGAGGCCGCUGCGCUGCAGCAGCUGCUGCUUUCCCUGCUGCCUCCAGGAGAUAGAAAUUCAAGCUCCUCCUGGUGUGCCAAUAGGUUAUGUCACUCAGACGUGGCACCCCUGUCUGCCUAAGUUUAAAAUUCAAAAUGAGAAGAAAGAGGAUGUGCUAAAAAUUUCCGGUCCAUGCAUUGUGUGUAGCUGCUGUGCAGAUAUUGAUUUUGAGAUUAAAUCUCUUGAUGAGCAAAGUGUGGUUGGCAAGAUUUCCAAGCAGUGGACUGGGCUUUUGAAAGAGGUCUUUACAGAUGCUGAUAACUUUGGGAUCCAGUUCCCACUGGACCUGGACGUGAAAAUGAAGGCUGUAAUGCUCGGGGCCUGUUUUCUCAUCGACUUCAUGUUUUUUGAAAAAACUGGAGAACGACACCAAAGGACCGGAAUCUGGUAAUGGAUGCAUGGAAUGCUCCUUGGAAAACCGGGAC